GGCUCCGCCGGGUUUCUGCUUUCACCGUCCGCUGGUCCUGCACCGUCUCUGGGGGGUAGCAGCGACCAGUGCUCCGUGCCCCCCAGUCCCCAAAGCUGGGAGACCCACCAACACCGGAUAUCAGCUUGUAUCCAUCGGGAUCCAGGGCGGAAAAUAAAAAAAAGAGUUAUUGAAGAUGAUUUGGUUGGACGUUGGUUUUGGUGAUCUGGUGCCACAAUGAAGACAUACACACAUGGAAUACCAGUCAUAUUUUUCAUAAAUCUGUUCUGCUCCCUAUUAGCAUACACUGUAAAUGAAAAAUCUGGUGGUAGCAUCCACUUUAUGAAUGGAAAUUAUAACGGUCAUCCCAUGCUGUACUUCAGUAAAAGUGAUGUGGAGGAUCUGCGACUCAAGGCGAGAAGUACUCACCGGAAUAUUGCGAACAGGAUUUGGGAUGCAGGGCAAAUCAUGCUAUCCAGUCCAGGGGAGUACCUGCCUCCCUGGGAUCCGAAACAUUUUAGUGCUCACUGGAAUGAAAUCUACGGCAACAAUCUGGGAGUACUGGCUAUGUUCUGUGUACUGUUUCCUGAAAGAACAGAUGCCAUGGAGUUUGCAAUGGACUACAUGGAGAGGAUGGCAUCUCAGCCUAGUUGGCUGGUAAAAGAUGCGCCAUGGGAUGAAGUUCCACUAGCUCACUCCCUGGUGGGUUUUGCCACUGCAUAUGACUUCUUGUAUGACAACCUGAACAAAACUCAACAGGAGAGGUACUUGGAGGUAAUUACUGAAGCAUCUUACCACAUGUAUGAAACAUCUUUCAUUCGCGGAUGGGGAUUUCAAUAUCUGCACAACCAUCAACCUACCAACUGUGUGGCCUUGUUGACAGGAAGUCUCAUUCUCAUGAACCAAGGUUAUCUCCAAGAAGCUUACUUAUGGACGAAACAAGCCAUUACUGUUCUGGAGAAGUUAAUGGUUUUACUGAAGGAUAUAAAAGAUGGAUCCUUGAACGAAGGUGUGGCUUAUGGCAGUUACACCACCAGAUCCUUAUUCCAGUACAUGUUUCUGGUACAAAAGCACUUCAAUAUCAGCCACUUUGACCACCCCUGGAUCAAGCAGCAUUUUGCUUUCUACUAUAGGACUGUGCUUCCAGGUUUUCAAAGGACUGUCGCCAUUGCUGAUUCAAAUUACAACUGGUUCUAUGGUCCUGAGAGUCAACUGGUGUUUCUGGAUGCCUACGUAAUGCGCAAUGGCAGCGGUAACUGGUUAGCAGAGCAGAUCAGAAAGUAUCGAAUACAGGAGGGACCAGGCACACCAGCCAAAGGACAGAGAUGGUGCACACUCCAUACUGAAUUUCUGUGGUAUGAUGGCUCCUUGACUCCAGUGCCACCUCUGGAUUAUGGGAUACCAACAUUACAUUAUUUUGAAGACUGGGGUGUUGUAACUUAUGGGGGGGCUUUACCAGCAGGAGUUAACCAACCUUUCCUGUCCUUCAAGUCGGGUAAACUUGGAGGACGUGCAAUCUAUGACAUAGUUCAUCAGAAGAAAUAUUCACAGUGGAUUAAUGGAUGGAAGAAUUUUAAUGCUGGCCAUGAACAUCCUGACCAGAAUUCUUUCACGUUCGCACCUAACGGGGUACCUUUCAUCACCGAGGCUUUGUACGGCCCAAAAUACACCUUUCUCAACAAUGCUUUAAUGUUCUCUCCAGCCACAGCAGGCGCUUGUUUCACCCCUUGGGAAGGGCAGGUGACAGAAGCAUGCAAUUCCAAGUGGUUGAAAUAUAAGCAAGGGAUCUCUGGGGAGUGUCGUGGCCAGGUGACAGCAGCUUUGGAGCAGAAUGGUGUGGUCUUUAUCAGCGGAGAGGCAGUGGGAGCUUACAGUCCGAGCCUGAAACUGAAGAGUUUCCAAAGGAACCUUUUCCUUCUGCAACCCCAGCUUUUACUCCUGGUAGAUCAAAUCCACUUGGCAGAAGAUAGCCCGCUUGAAAAAAUGAGUGCAUUUUUCCAUAACACAGCUGUGGCUUUUGAGGAAAUAUCUGAAGACGGAGUGAAUGGAGCAUUUAUUAGACAAGAAGAUGGCCAGUACACAAUGUUCUGGAUGGACGAUAAAGGCAAUAGUGAAAAGGCUGGACUGGCAUUCAAGACUUAUCCUCGUGAAUAUCCAUAUAAUGGAACGUACUAUGUGAAUGUUACAACUACCCUGAGGUACCCAGUCACUAGAGCAGCCUAUAUUUUCUUUGGACCUUCUGUGAAGAUUCAAAGCUUUAGCAUUCGAGGAGAUUCAAAUCGGGUAGAUAUCUAUCUAGCAACAAAUGAGAAAACCUAUACAGUUUAUCUCUUAACAGGGGAAACUGCUGUGAAACCACUGUUUGCUAUGGUACUAGCUGACCAUCAAAAGAUUGUGUUUGAUAGAACUUCUGCAAUCAGGGAUACUUCAGUGCAGGAGGUGAAAGAUUAUGUGAAUAUUGUUGAGGAAAAUCUUCAGCAUACAAAACCAGUGUUUCAGCAACUUGAAAAGCAGACCUUGGCUCGAGUUCUGAACACUGAUAACUUCCGGAAGACAGCCGAACGUCUUCUAAAACUAUCAGACCAAAAGAAGACAGAGGAAGCUGUUGAAAAGUUAUUUUCUGUCUCGCUUGGACAAGCCAAGGCCAAAAAAAUGAGAAAAGGAAAAGGUGGUGGUGAUAAGUUUCCCAAUAACCUUCCCGAUAUUUUUGCACAAAUUGAAAUAAAUGAGAAAAGAGAGCGGAAGAAAUUGCUGCAGCGAAUGCAAGAAGAAACUUCCAAUGAAAGAAGUGAGGACAUGGGGGAAACUGUUGACUUAACAGACUUUUCUGAUAUGAAACCAGAACGAGGUUCAAACAAACAUGUAAAAAGUGGUUCUGUGAAACCAGGAGCCACUGUUCGAAGCACUGCACAAUCCUUAUCAGCUUCCUACACAAGAGUCUUCUUAAUUUUAAACAUUGCAACCUUCUUUUUCCUCUUAGCAUUACAGUUAAUUCGGUUUCAGAAAGCUCCAAGCUUGCACACCCAAAGAUUUCUCUAUGCUGUGCUCCUAUUAGAUAGCUUUGUCCUGCUUUGCUUGUACUCCUCUUGUUCUCAAGCACAGUGCUAGACCAAGGAAGCCAACUUGUGAAAGACUGAAUAAAUAUGCAGUAAGGUUACACACCUGAGUGCUUAAUGCAAAUACAAGGUUUGCAAAUACAUUUUAACUGAUUUUUAUGAGAGAUAUUUAAUAAGAAAGCCAAAGAUUUGAUGAAUCAUUCUCAAAAUUGCAGAUUAAUGGAAUGACCUUUUAACUCUUAUAAUCUGCCAUCCUAAUCAUUCAUCAUAUGUUUCGCAGGACAGCUGUGUGACAAUGCUUCAUUGCACAGCUUCUUUUGUUAUUAGUAUUUCAUCUCCUUGUUGAAUAAAACAGCAUUUUGUUUCUUUUGUUAUUCAUAUUGCACUUGCCUUCAUUCCCAUUCCAAGGGUAUUGCAAUGAAUCUGAAGUCUUGAUAUCCUGUAAAUCUUCAUUAUCCACAAGGAGGCUUCCCUUCAUUAGGUUGGAUCAACUGAACAAAAACGUGCAAUUAUUUGAACAAGCCCAUUGCUUUUAAAUAUUUUGGUUUGAUGCUCUUAUCUGUAAAUGGUGGACCAGUAGCUUCUUUUUACUUUUGAAUGUUUGGUGUUGUAGUGUGUGGAUUCCUGUGAUUGCUGGUGACAUUUCAGUGAACAGCAAUAAUUAUGCAUAUGAUGUGUCUAUUAACUUCAGCUGGUUUGUUCAGUUUGUUAUUCUUUUCAUGAUCAAUCAUUAAAGCACAAAUGUUA